AACCACACAUUUCCAUCUCAGUGUUCUGUCAAAAUAUAUAUUUUUCUUCUCAGGAAAAGUUCCUUAUUCUCCUGGAAAAAUGCGGCUCACACAAAUUCUACUGAAAAAGUCAAAGAGCAAAGAUAUUCUUGUUUUGAUGGAGAGCGUUGUCUCUGGCCACAAAUAUAUUCAGAGGCGAGAGAGAUUAUCGGAAAAGUUGGAAUUGUUCAAAUAUGAUCCUUACAUCCAACAGACCUGUCUCUAUCGGGAACGUAAGAAGGUGGUCAGCAUUAAGUAGAAAUUGUUAAGGAAAUAAUAUUUCUAUUAGUAUACUAAUAAAAUGUAAAUCUUAUUCGAUUCGUAA